AUGGGGAAGCCAUUCCAAAGCAUUCGUGCCUCUAUAGUAGGCAAAUUCCAAGACGGUAUCGGCGAAAAGAUCCCACAGUGGAUUCGGGCAAAUGGCGGCCAGUUCUCGAGAGAGGUGAGCCCGCGAGUUACCCAUCUCAUCGCCACAAAGGAGGCAUUCAAAACCCAUGCAGCUCCAGUCGAAUCUGCCAAGAAGAUCGGCACCGUCAAGAUCGUCUCAUACGAUUGGCUUGAAGACUCACUGCUGUCAACCACCCGCAGGCCAAAACCGGAGGGGCCAUAUCUUCUGAAGAAUCUGAUGAAGCCCGAGAAGAAGGAAGUCCAGAAGAACAAGGUCACGACGAAGUCCGCAGAGGUAACCAAGGAGAUCAAAGCCAAGAUUCCAAAACGUGCGAUAGCUGAUCCUUUUCUCGGUUCAAAGGGCAAAAGAAAGCCCGUGCGUCGUGUGUACCAGGACAGAAAGACAGGUGUAGUCUAUAGCACCACCUUGUUCCGCCCGUCAAAACCGCCAGGCACUAGCAGAGAAAAGCACCAGUUGACUCUUUUCGAAUCCAUCGCCGAACCACAUACCUACUCAGCUUACGCCAAAUUCAGCCGCGUUGGCACAUCCAAUGUUGAGCUUCUGGCGGGACCAAGGUGCAAGCUCGAGCUUGCCGUGGGCAAAUUCAAGCAGUUCUUCAAGGAACAGACUGGCAAGGAAUGGGAUGAAAGAGCAAACGGAAAAAUGCCACCCCCAAAGACAGACCUGGACGGAAACAGGUUGCCUGUUCAUGAGGGGUGGUUCUAUCUUGAGGAAAAGACAACUAUCCUCGGUACAUUCCUCAGGGAACCCCAGAGCACAAGUUGUCAAGGAUCCACUGGCCACAUCGCAUGCGAUGGUACCAAGGAGGACGGUAUUGAGGAAAAGAUGGCAAACCACCAAGUUGCGGAUGGCGGCGAAGAUAACUUCGAAAACCGAGAUGAAGAUGGCGGUGAAGAUGGAGGCGAAGACGGAUCUGAAGCUAAUGAUGAUGAGGAGGAGGAAAUGGAUAGGUAG